AUGAAAUUAUAUGAUAUUAUUGAAAUCAUAAAACAUACAGAAUAAAAAGGCUAAGAAUUACUCGUAGAUGCUUUAAUAUUGGGAAUAGAAAUUGGAAGAAGGAAUAUUUCUAAUAUAAAUGAUAUCAAAGGUCUUGUAGAAUAAUUGAAGAAUUUGAAGUUAAAAAUUGAUAGUAAUUUAUUGACACCAUACAUUAGAGAUGAUAUUUAUGAUAGAAUACUCAAUUAAUAAGAAUAUGUAUUUAUUUUAAUAAUUCUUAGUUAAUUGACGUUUUACAGAGUUUCUAAAAUACUUUUAGAAAAUUAUCUUAAUAAAUAGUUUAAUGUGAACAUUGUUAAAUUUGCAAUAAAUAUGUUGAUAAAAAUAAUAGAAUUAAAACAAUCUAAAUGCAUUGUAAUCAUUUGUUUCAUAAACAAUGUGUUUUACCAAUUUUAACUUGUGAAAAUGAAAUAUUUCAUACUUAUAAAUGUCCUAUUUGUGAAACUUAAACAAUAAGUGAUGAAAUUGUGAAUUAAUUGCAAGAGAAUACUUAAGUAUAAACAUCUUGCUGUCCAACUCCAUCAUGCAAAAAUGUGUUCUUAUUUUAAGGUUAAGAAAUUUAUAGAUGUUCAAAUUGCAAAAAAAAAUAUUGUCUUCGUUGUCUCUCAGAAUAACAUGAAAUAAAUAAAUGUUAAACCAGAAAUAAAAAUAUUUAAUUCUAAUUAGGAGAUAAUUAUAAAGAAUGUCCGGCAUGCAAAUAGUGGACAAAAACGAAAUCUUAAUUGGAAGGUAUAAUAAAUUGUAGUGGAUGCAAUAAAAAAAUUUGUUUUGGAUGCGAAGACUCAAAAUGCACAUUUUGUGAACACAAAGGACUAUUUUCAACUCUUAAGAAUAAAAUAAAAUCUAGAUUAAGAUGA